GCGCCGCUUGACCUUCCUCCUCCUCCUCCUCCUCCUCCUCCUCCUCCUCCUCCCGCCGGGCACGGGGCAUGGCGGUGCCGCGGCUCCUGCGGGCAGCAGCCCCCCGGUUCCGCAGCAGUGUACCGGCCCCGGCGGCGGCCCGGCCCAGCGCUGAGGAUGACAAGCUGCUGUCCGCACCUCUCAACCACCCUGACUUCUUCAACGUGAAGGAGCUUUUCUCCCUGAAAGAUCUCUUUGAUGCUCGGGUGCACCUGGGGCACAAAAAGGGAUGUCGGCAUAGGUUCAUGGAGCCCUACAUCUUCGGCUGCCGCCUGGAUCAAGACAUCAUCGACUUGGAUCAGACCAUGCAGCAUCUCCAGCUGGCCCUCAACUUCACCGCCCACAUCGCCUACCGCAAGGGCAUCAUCCUCUUCGUCAGCCGCAAGCGCCAGUUCUGCCACCUGAUCGAGAGCACGGUGCGGGAGUGCGGGGAGUACGCCCACACCCGUUACUGGCAGGGCGGCCUGCUCACCAACACCCACAUCCAGUUUGGGUCUGGCAUCCGCUUGCCCGACCUCCUCAUCUUCCUCAGCAGCCUCAACAAUGUCUUUGAGCCCCACGUGGCCAUCCGGGAUGCUGCCAAGAUGAACAUCCCCACGGUGGGGGUGGUGGACACGAACUGCAACCCCUGUUUGAUCACCUACCCGAUCCCCGGGAACGACGACAGCCCCACCGCCAUGGAGCUCUACUGCAAGCUCUUCAGGAUGACCAUCACCCGCGCCAAGGAGAAGAGGCGGCAGAGCGAGGUCUUCGAGGAGCUGCGGAGCAAAGCCAAGGGCAAUUAGAGCCCCGGGGGACAGGCUCGGCCGUGCCCAGCAGCUCGGUGACAGGCAUCCUGCUCCGCUCCCGCGGGCGCUGCGGGACUGAUCCUGCGCCCUGAGCACCACCUUUCGGCAGAGCUGGGCUGGUUGGGGAAGGGACAUGCCCCCCCGACGAUCCUGCAGCGCUCACAGCUGCCAAGAGGGUCUCUAAAACAAAAUAAAUUGUCUGGUGCGACACAAAGGGAGGUGGGGCCGGGCCAGACCCAGCUCCUGUCCUUGUGUUUGUCCCUGUUGGAGGGAGGUGCCCUUGUCCUGUCACCUCCUCAUUCCUGAGCUUGUGACCUCACGUGAAACCACUUGUAUCUCAUGAAACCACUUGUAUCUCGCGCUUCUUCUUGACAAAUAAAGGGCUCCCCCCGCCAUGA